UGAUAUAUAUCAAGCUAGGUAAAUUUCUUAUCUCUCCAAUAUCCUAUUAAACAUCAAUAAAGUGAUAAAGUAAGCUCGGAUCAAAGGUUGGCUGGAAUUGCAGGCCAAAUCACAACACACGAUACGUUCCACAAUUUUAGUAGGUACGCCCUACAGGAGGAUGUCUGCCGCUCUCGACAUGGGCGAUUCGGACCAUUACUUUUCAAAAAAAUCGGGUUACGAUGGGUUCCAUCCAAUCCUGAUUUUCAUCGCAGUUGGUAUUCUGGCCCUAGGAACUGGGUUACUUUUUGGAUUCUUAACAUUCCCUGAAACUCUGCGUAGCCCAGAGUGUAUCACGGAUAACGAAACCCCCAGUAAGAAAUGGGUUUCGGAAACACUUUUGAAUUCUAUAGAUGCUACAAAUAUUGAAGAAAAUUUAAACUAUUUCACGUCCCAGCCUCAUCUAGCCGGUACACCUGCAGAGAAAGAAAAUGCAGAAUAUAUUCGUAAAGCAUGGAUUGAACAAGGGCUGGACAGCGCCAAGCUGGUUCCUUAUGAUGUUUAUUUGUCAUACCCGGACAAAGACAACCCUAAUAAGGUAUCACUUUUGGAAAAUGGCAAGGAGAUUUUUAGCACUCGAGAGCACGAAGACAUUUUAAGACCCGAAGAUAAUCACACUAACGUGGUACCUCCUUUCAACGCGUAUUCUGCCCAGGGAACAGUUAAGGGUAACCUUGUAUAUGUUAACUAUGCUACAGCCGACGAUUUUGAAUACUUAGAAAAAAAUCGUCCUGAUAUCAACAUCACUGGGAAAAUAGUGAUUGCUCGAUAUGGCCAGAUAUUCAGAGGAAGUAAGGUCAAGUUUGCCGAAGCAGCAGGUGCAAUAGGAGUUAUUCUUUACUCGGAUCCCAAAGACUACGCAUCGGACGAUGCGAUAGGUGUAUACCCUAACGCUUGGUGGUUACCAGGCUCAGGUGCUCAGCGUGGAAAUGUGUUUGUCAGCGACGCAAAGGGUGAUCCAUUAACACCUGGAUUUCCGGCUAAUGAUUAUGCUUAUCGGCUAGCAGAUGAGGACACUGCUUUAACUAGAAUACCAGUACAUCCGAUUGGUUACGACGAUGCUGAAAAACUCCUAAUGGAGCUAGGUGGUGACGAAGUACCGAAGGAUUGGAAAGGCAGAUUAAACAUCACAUACAAUUUUGGACAAACUUUCAAGAAUCCAAACAGAACCAUAAGGUUAAAGGUUUUAUCUAAGAAGGAGAUUCGAACAGUGUACAACGUUGUCGGCAUGACCAAAGGCAGCGUCGAACCAGAUCGUUACGUCAUUCUCGGCAACCAUCGAGAUGCAUGGGUUUAUGGAGCAGUCGAUCCAUCGAGUGGCACCGCAGCGUUGAUGGAGGUUACAAGAGCGUUUGGGAAGUUACGUAAAACAGGAGAUUGGCGACCACGAAGGACGAUUUUAUUUUGCAGCUGGGCUGCAGAAGAAUACGGUUUACUUGGUUCCACAGAAUACGUUGAGGACUUUCAGCGAGUGUUGGCCGAGAGAGCAGUGAUUUACAUCAACGUAGAUUCAGCAGUGAUUGGUAACUACACAAUGCAAGUUAAGGCAACCCCUUCUUUAAAGAAGGCAAUAUUCGCUGCUUCAAAGAAGGUUCCUUCUCCUGAUGAUGGCUUUUCGUCAACCUUCGAACUUUGGCAGAAAAGAUACGCGGACAACGAUGACACUACUAUUCCAUAUAUUGGAACAUUGGGAUCAGGAAGCGACUUUGCACCUUUCAUGUAUCGCAUUGGUGUUCCUGCAACCGACCUCCGUUGGAUAUACGAUCCUAAUUUGAGAUUGUCAUCGUAUCCUGUAUAUCAUUCAGUCUACGAAACGUUUUACCUUGUCAAGACGUUCCUCGACUGGGAUUUUAAACGUCAUCAAGCGGUGGCGCGUGUUUGGGCAGAGGUUGCACGCGAUUUUGCUGACUCUACCAUCUUACCCUUUGAUUGCGUAGAUUAUGCAAAUAAGAUGCAUAGUUCUAUUAACUCUAUCAGGACUACUUACGAAGAAAACAUGAAUAACCACGGUAUUACAUUCGAUGCCGUCAUAUCAGCCAUAAAUAAUCUGACUACUAUUGCCACAACGUUUCAUAACAAUGUCCAGAAAAUGGACAUUUCAAAUGUUCUUGCUGUACGGAGAGUCAAUGACCAGCUUAUGUUAUUUGAGAGGGCAUUCAUAGAUCCACUUGGUUUACCUGAUCGAAAAUUCCUCAAGCAUAUAGUUUUUGCUCCAAGCAGUAAAAACUACUACGCCGGUGACGCGUUCCCUGGACUUGUCGAUAGUCUUUAUCGCAUAGAUGAAGAUACCAACAACCAAGACCAGCGGUGGGAUGCAGUCCGAGAAUACAUGGCCGUAAUCGCUUUUAUGAUCCAGUCAUCUGCCAGCACUCUUACAGACGUUGAAUACUAUUAAGACACAAAGUGGUUUACACGUGCCUUGAUAUUGCUGGAUGUGCCUUUUCAAUGGAAAAACCAAACAAGCUUUUCAUGACUUUGACAAAUAUUUAUUCUUUAAAACUUUGCCUGACGGAUCAUCAAUUUCUUGACUCUUCAUACUUUCAGGGCUCUACUAGCCCUAUUUAAAAAAAAUUGUUAUAAACAGUUUAGUUCAGUACACCUACAACUGUAAUACGUUAUAAUAUUGAUUUGAAGCGGAGAAAGACUUCACAAGUUAUGCCACUUCCGACAUCCAGCUGCAUUUACUAAUAAUCACUCCAUGAUGGUGCUGCAGGCGGGCAGAGUGGGUUGUGAUCCCAGUAUAAGAAAAUCGUAAUUACAAACGAUCCACUUACGUACCUUCUCCUAUAUUAGAUUAUAUUAUAUUAUAUUAUAUUAUAUAGGCCUAUUAUAUUAUAUUAUAUUACCGAUAUAUCAUAUUGUGUAAGUAAGUGGUCAUUGGAUUUGUGGUGAAAUUAGUUGAGUGUAUGGUGCCAAUGACAUCUUUAUUGUUUGAAUGUUGAGUUUCUCAGCUAAAAAUAGUUUAAAGGAAUCCUUUGCUAAAUGUUGGCUGGGUGGAGCAUGAAUUGGGCUUUUCCCUGCAGUGAAUGAACCCAUGCAUUUCGCGCUAAAUACGGUAUGCCUAUUCCGUUAUUCAAAUAUGCUGUCUUCCGAUAUAGCGUUUUAAAACUAAUACCACAGUAAUAGAUACAUUUAUUAAGCGUGAUAUCUUACAUAGAAAGUUCACAAGAUUGAUCAAUAUUUGGGACUUCUGGCUCGCCGAGUUUAGAAGUCUCAAGACCUUUUUAAGGCCUAAAUGAAAUGAAAUAAUAUUUGAAGGUGAAGUUCUAGUUUUCUCUUGUUUAAAAUAAAUGAAACAAUACAGUUCAGAGGGUGCGAUCGCACACCCCUAAUUGUGUUAAGAAAAAUAA